CCUGCACCAUCUACAUUCGUUUAAAAACGAAUAUGGAGAAAAUAAACAGGAUAUCACAAUUCCUUUGUCAUACUUCCUUUUUAAAAUGUUUUCCCUAUCAUUAUUUAAAACCUGGGCUGUACAUUUGCAGAACCCAAGAGGCAACAUCCACUGAACAGCGAAACGGUCUGAACGGUUCCUCAACAUUGAAGAUGGCCGGAAUAGUUUACUACUACUGGAUUCUACAAUGUACCUGCUGCAUUCUUGUCUACUCACAUCUUGUUAUUGAAGAAAAAUUUCCAGAAACUCCACAGAACAAGAACAUUUCUGAUCUCCACCAAUCCAAGUAUACUGGCAUCUCCAUAGUGGAACUGCCAAGUAGCAGAAAAUUUCAUUUCAGAAGAGAGAGUGGAAGAAUAUUUCCCAAUCAACUAGAAAGAGACAAUAGAAUUCCAGUGGGUCCUAAGAUCAAGAAACUAAGACGGUACGAUGGGCACUGUGUGCAGCUCUGGGGAGUGUGCCUUCCACCUUCUCCGCCAUGUUGCAAUCCUUGUGCCUUCUGCCACUGUCGUUUCUUCAAUACCAUCUGCUACUGCCGGAAGCUGAAUUCCAAAUGCAUGGACAGAACAUAGGCAUUCACAUUGGAACAAAGAAAUGCAAUCGAAUCAAUGAAAAACUACACACAAAGAUGGAUAAACAAGCAAUGUGCAGAAGACAAACUGUGCAAAUAAAUAAAUAAAUGCUGAGAACAUGAAUUGUGGAGUCUUUGAAAGUAAGUCCAUAGGUUGUGGGAACAGUUCAACAGUGGGGCAAGUGCAGUUGAGUAAAGUCAUCUCCUCUGGUUCAGGGGCCUGAUGGUUGAGGUGUAAUAACUGUUUCUGAACCUCAUAAUGUAGGAGCAGAGAUUCCUGAACCCCCUUCCCAAAGGCAGCAAACUUUUACCUACAACUCCCCAAAAGCCUGACUUUUUUUUUUGUAUUGGCAAAACCAGUUUUGAACUGUGGAGGCUAAAACUGCUGGGUCUCAAAAGCAACAGACUUCUACCUGAAAAUCAUAAAUGUGAGAAAUCCUGCAGAUACUGAAAAUUCAGAGUAAUAUACACACAAUGCUGGAGGAACUCAUCAGGUCAAGUAGCAUCAAUGGAAAGGAAUAAACUGUUGACAUUUUGGGCUAAAGCCCUUCAUCAGGACUGGAAGGAAGGGGGAAGAAGCCAGAAUAAGAAGGUGGGAGGAGUAGAAGGUGUACAAGCUGGCAGGUGAUUGGUGACACCAGAUGGGUGUAGUUGGGAAUGAGGAGAUAAAGUAAGAAGUAAGGAGGUGAUAAGUGGAAAAGGACUGAAGAAAGAGGAAUCAGAGGAAAGGAGAGUGGACAAUGAGAGAAUGCAAAAGAGCAGAGCCCAAGGGGAGGUGAUAGGCAGGUGAAAAGAGGUAAGAGGGGAGACAGAGUGGUUUGUUUUAUUACAGGUUCAACUGAAAGUGAGAAUGAAUUUUGAUUAAAGCAUGUUCCAUUUUCAGAGAAAGACUAACUGAAUGAGAUGAUGUAAUUCUGUAAUCAGAAAAACAAAUUCAACAUAUGUUUUGCAUUCUGAUAUAACUGAAUCAGAAGAAAAAUCAUGCUUCUGGUACUGAUUAAGAUCAUUUGAAGUAAAUUUUACAGAUCAUCAUCAAAGACCUAAUAUUUUAUUUUGGUGUUUCUGUAAUGUUUCUUUUCCAUGAGGAGAAAGUUAUUUAAAGCAGAAAAAGUAUCUAAUCAGAACUGGUUCCAACAAGAUACACAUCAUCUGAAGAUGCCCUUGCCCUGUUAGGUCAUAGAGGUUGAAGUUUGGGAGGCUUUACGGAAUAACUGCCUUUUCCAAAAGCUUCCUUCUGGAAAACACUAUAGGUCUAUUUAAACAAAAACUUCACACAAUCUUAAUCUAAUCAACCAAACUAUUUAGCCUCCGCAUCCCCUAUCUAUUAUUCCCGCCACAGCACUGCACUGUGAACACUUUAAACCAUUGUUUUUUCAUGCUGUUUAUUUAUUUAUACAUAUUUAACCUCAAAUGUCAUUAGGUUUUUAUUCUUUUAAUUAUAUAUAAUUCUUUAUAUAUGAAAAAGGAAAAAUAAUAAAUAAACUACCACCAAAGAACAUUUGGCCCGAAAUGUGCAGAUACCCCAGUGCCUUUAAUCAAGAUCUACUCAGCACCUCAAGUUCAAGUGCAGGCUCCUUCUGCUGUCUUUCUUGGGUAGAUCUUUGUGUGUGUGUGUGUGUGUGUGUGUGUGUGUGUGUGUGUGUGUGUGUGUGUGUGUGUGUGUGUGUGUGUGUGUGUGUGUGUGUGUGUGUGUGUGUGUGUGUGUGUG